AUGACAAUCAACAAUAUAAACCUGACAACAACUGCGCCUACAUCCCUGCAGGAGAACUGGGGAGGUCCCACACGGGGCGCCCACGGCCAAAGUGUGAGUUUUGCUGAGAACCAGAGGCAACGGGCACUCAUCUCCGCCAGAGGCCAGUCAGCCUGUCACGAGCUGAGAACUGGACCCCCGGGCCCCAGGUCCCUAAAAACCACCCAGCACCAGGCAAAGGCCCCCCUGAACAGGUCCAAGCCAUCCCGGACCACCACCCCAAGAAUUUGUCAACAACCACACCAGAACAUCCAGCCAUGCACCUCAGAGCCAAAAAGUACCCAAAUCGCAGGGAGGGGCAGCAGUGUCAAGCGGGCAGCGCAGGAGAAGUGGGGAGGCCCCAAACGGCGCACCCAGAGCCAAAGUAUGAGAGUUGCUGAGAACCAGAGACAACGGGCACUCAUCUCCGCCAGAGGUCAGUUAGCCUAUCACGAGCUGAGGACCGGGCCCCCGGGCUCAAGAUCCCUAAAAACCACCCAACACCAGGCAAAGGACCCAUUGAACAAGUCCAAGCCAUCCCGGACCACCACCCCCAAUAGAGCAGGUCAACGACCACACCAGAACAUCCGGCCAUGCACCUCAGAGCCAAAAAGUACCCGCAUCCCAGGGAGGGGCAGGAGUGUCCAGCGGGCAGUGAGUGGCCCAGUGGAUGAACGCGAUGAUGACAAGGAGAGAAAACCAGGAGAUAAAUUUUAUGAAUCAGCCAAAACUGAUGACAACGAAACAACAGAUGGUUACACGAGUGGAAACAAGAAGAAGCCAAGUCAGACAGAAACUGAGGUACUGCUUGAAAGACUUCAACUUCAAGAUAAAUUUCAGCAGAAGUUGUCACCAGCAGAUUUUCUUCAAAUACGUCCACCUGGGAAACAGAUGGACCAUGUAACAUCUGAAAAAGAUGUAGCUCACACUUUUCUCCAUAAGCUGAUAAUGUUGGACUACGGGGCCAGAUAUAUUCCUGUAAGACCAGACAGUCCUGAGGUGACCACAGAGUCUGACAACACUGAGACAGAUUACAGUGAUCUGGAGGAUUUCUUGAAAACCACUGCAGACACAAAUGAGAAAGAGAAGGCUUGUGUGCAUCCAAUGGACGUUCAGAUGGCAGUAUUUCACUGUUCAGACAGCUUCCUGAAACAGAUGAUGAUUACAAAGCUCUCUCAGUGUCAGUAUGCCUUACCUUUGCUUGUUCCUGACCCAGUUACAAAGGAGAUUCAGUUUCCUCUGUGGACUUUCAGAGAAAUAACAAAAUCCUGGAAGGUAACUCAAAUUAAAGACAACUCAAAGAUCAUCACCAUGAAGAGUGUUCCAGUCUACAAAGCUGAAACACCCUUGGUGUCAUUUUUCCGCCUGGGUUCUUUGUCAGUGUCUAAAUCUCAGCUGAUGAACACUUUGAUCAACAACCGUCACGACACCUUCUUCCACAGAAACUGCCCAGGAAGCACCAAGUCUCGCUAUUUGAUGGAUGGUGUGGCAGAGAUUGCCUGGUACUGCCCUGCUGGAAAACCCAAUGAUACCUUCAAUGACUGCAUUGCCUUUUGUAAUCUCCAUGGUGAUGCUCUAUCACAUAAAAAACAAUGUGACAUACUGAUUGAAAAAUCUUCAAUCAAUGUUUUUCUUUUGGCAUCUCUGCAAAGCAAUGAAGGAAGUCGAUCACUCAUAUCAUCUCUUUUUCAGUCUCAGAAGCCUCUCAUUUGUCUCAUUGUUAAUGACAGUCGUGAUGCUGUUAAGAUAAAAAAUGGAAAUUACAUAAUGGGUCUUAAAGACAAAAACCACUCAGAUGUAUGUGAAGACCUGAAAAGGAUCAUCAGAGAAGUUUUGUCUUCCCUUGAUGGUCCCAUCUUGAAACCAUCCUUCCAGCUUGAAACCAUGGCUGAGCUCUCUGGAAUCAGAGUGGAUGAAACUGACCCAGCCUGUCAAAAAGGGAAAUCUGCUGCUAUGGAAAUAAUCAAUCUGCUUAAAAAGGAUAACAUGGAUGUCUCAAAGAUAAAAUAUGAUUUUCUCCCGUGUCAAGGCCAACUGUGGCAUCAGUGGAGCAAAAUACACAGAGAAAUGUUUCAUCUCAGAGGAAACAUUGAAAAGGAGAAAAGCAGAAAGGAACAAAAACUGAUGAAAAUACGUCAGAAACAAUGUGCUGCUUCCUGCAGUAAACUGAUGCAGUUGUUUACUGGAAGUCUCUCAUUAAUGAGACAAAAACAAACAGACAGAGAGUAUUUCCUAAAAUGGACUCAGACCUUCAUAGAUGAGCUCUCCAUAGAUGAUGUUUCUUCAAUUCUCAAAAGUUAUGAUGAAAAGUGGUCUGAGGUCUUGGCUUUGAAGAACAAACAUGACAAAUCAGAUCUGUUAUUAAGAAAACAAACUGAACUUGAAGACAUAUCGAAGAAACUUCAGUCUGCAACUUUUGGUUUGGAGCACAUCUUCAGAGAAAUGGGACAGAUCUAUGAAGCCCAUAAAACAACACAAAGAGAGAGCAGACACACUGACUGGUCUAAAUACCCUGAGCUGGCUGCACAGCUGAUGAUAUCAGGACACCCGAUGGAGCUGAUGGAUGGUGAUGCAGGUCAUGUGCCUUUAACAUGGAUCUCCAGUCUUUUAGAAGAAGUCAUCAACAAACUGGGGGACCAGAGAGUUUUUGUGUUGUCAGUUUUGGGCCUACAAAGCAGUGGAAAAUCAACAAUGCUGAACACCAUGUUUGGGCUGCAGUUUGCAGUGAGUGCUGGCAGGUGCACCAAAGGUGCCUUCAUGCAGCUGCUCAAAGUAUCAGAGGAGAUGAAGAAAGACUUGAAGUUUGACUAUGUUCUAGUGGUGGACACUGAAGGACUGCGUGCUCUUGAGGUAGAAGGUAACAACACUCUUCAUCAUGACAAUGAACUGGCAACAUUUGUUGUUGGUCUGGGAAACCUGACACUGAUCAACAUCUUUGGAGAGAAUCCAUCUGAUAUGCAGGACAUCCUGCAGAUUGUUGUUCAGGAUUUCAUGAGGAUGAAGGAAGUUAAACUUUUUCCCAGUUGUGUGUUUGUUCACCAGAAUGUCACAGAUGUUGCAGCAGCAGAGAAAAACAUGGAUGGAAAGAGACGCCUGCAGGAAAAACUGGACCAGAUGGCCAAACUAGCAGCCGAAGAGGAAGUUUGUUAUGCAGAGCGCUUCAGUGAUGUCAUUAAAUUUGAUGUUCAAAAAGAUGUGAAAUACUGUGCCCAGCUGUGGGAGGGCAGUCCACCCAUGGCUCCUCCAAAUCCAGGUUACAGUGAGAGCAUCCAGGAAGUGAAGAACACCAUCCUCUCUAAAGCUUCAAAGUCUGCUGGGAUCACUUUCUCACAGUUCAAAACCAAAAUUCAGGACCUGUGGACUGCACUGCUGAAUGAAAGUUUUAUUUUCAGUUUUAAAAACACACUUGACAUUUCAGUUUUCCAAAAACUGGAAGUCCAGUAUGGGAGCUGGACCUGGACCCUGAGGAGCAUCAUGCUGACCAUCGAAAACCAACUUCAUAACAGAAUUGAAAAUGGAAAAGUUGAUGAGGUUGAAAAAUCUUAUCUUUUCAGAGAAACAAGCAAAACAUAUGAAGAAGUCAGAAAAGAAAUGACAAAGUACUUUGAGGAUGACAAAGACAGAGAGAUCUUGGCUCAGUGGAGAGAACGAUUUGAAAUCAAAAUUAAAGAGUUUCAUGAUGAACAAGUGAACAGAGUGAAAAGAAAACUGGAUAGAGUUAUCCAGCAGAAGAAAGCUUGUAAAAAUCUGGAUGAGAAUAAAUCAGAGUUUGAGAACAAACUUCUGCAGAAGAGCAAAGAGCUCGCUCAUAAACUGAAGGAUAAGGCCAAAGAUGAAAAAGAGCUUCAGAGACAGUUCAACUCUGUUUGGAGCAGCUGGGUUACUGAAUUAACAGCAGGUAUAAAACCUGUUGAAGACAUCAACUUGGAACAAGAUCAGUUAACGAUCCUUCAAGAACUUGGUUUUGAGCCAGCUCUCAUAGAUGAAAGUAAAAGAAGUGGCAGAUACAAGAAAAUAUCAGAGGUUGGUAAUUAUUCAGGUUAUAUGAAGACAGGUGGUAAUCUGUUGGUUGACAGUUACAACAAAUAUAAAGCAAGAGGUGCUUUUUCCCAUGAAGAACAAGAACAGAUCAGAUCGCUCAUUGACCAAGCUGAAAAAGAGUCACGUGGUGCAAUCAAAAACAAACAUGUAGCUGCAACAGGCUACACGCAAACAUAUUUGCAAGAAAUGGCCAAUCAUGUGACAGAAAAAGUUCAGAAAUUUCUGUCAGAGAGGAAAUAUACUUUAAACAAGGAGUUUAAAGUUGAUCUCUUGCUCUACGUGUUCUACAGGGCAGAAAUUUGGCUUCUAGAGUCACACAAGAAAUUUAAAAUGAGCAAUGAUCCAAUCACCUAUUUAGAAAGCAAGAAAACACAGUUUUACACAGUUUUUAGAAGCCUUUGUAAAGAAAACUCAUCUGCUGUUGUACUUGGAGAACUGAUCUGUGAAAGGCUGAAAGUUUCCACUCUUGAGGCUGUCUGUAAUAAGACUGCCAUUGAUCUCGCUGGAAAGAUGAGGUGUAAUUUCCCAGCAUUCAAUGGGACCAGGCAGGACUUGGAGAAACAUGUGUUGAAGUCACUCGCUAAAAAAGAAGAAGGAAUGAAAGAAGAAAACUUUAAUGAUUUCAUCACAUAUAUCAUAAAUCCAAGGAGACAAACAGAAGCUUUCAUCAAAGCACAGGUUGAGAAGUACAUCUUCAGAGAUCAGAAAGAUGAAGCUGUGGAAAUACUCAAGAAAAAUGCUGAUGACAUCAAAACAACUGUAAGUCAGGCUUUAUUUACUGCAACACAAAAGGUCCAAAAUCAGAGAGGAGACACAGAUAUGUGGCUGAAGGAAUUUUCUAAUGCCCUAAAGGAUGAGCUGACAUUUGACAAGAUUUGUUCUGAAAACUUCAGUGACAUAAAAGAUUUUCACUUUCUCAAGGAAGAGAUAGAGAAAGGAUUUACGUCCAUUACUGAGAAGAUGAGCAGCCUCUCCCUGGAUAAGCUGAAUGAAUCCAGGCACAAGCCUGAAGAAAUCCUCAUAGAUCAGCUGUGUAACUGCUGCUGGGUAAAGUGUCCAUUCUGUGCAGCUGUUUGUACCAACACCAUGAAAGAUCACAGUCCUGAUGGCCACAGCACUCCUUUUCAUCGACCUGAUGGGAUAAAGGGAUGGCACCGUAGAGACACAGUAGAGUUCAGUGUCAACUUCUGCACAACAAAUGUUUCAAGUGAUCGCAGUUUUUGCCUUAAGGGUGAUUCAGAGAAAUACAUUCCCUACAAACAGUACAAAGCUGCUCAUCCACCGUAUGAUACCUGGAGAAUCACUCCUGAUGGGUCUAAACUGGCAUAUUGGAAAUGGUUUGUAUGUCAAUUUCAAACACAACUGGAAGAGCACUAUGGGUUAAAGUUCAUGGGCAGUGGAGCUAUUCCAGAUCAAUGGAAAAAAAUAACUAAAAAUGAAGCCAUUCAAAGUCUGGAUGAAAUGUUUUAA